GUGACUUUCCAUUCGUUAUCGAUGGUAUGACCCAUAUUCUUUGAAAAUAACCUUACUUAUUGGGUUUAACGAGUGAAAUGUGUGGAAUAUUUUGUUUAAUACAAGAAAAUGAUAUUGAGCAAGACUUAUUGAAAGUGUUCAAGAAAUUCCAACAAAAUAUUGAAAAUCGAGGACCGGACAGUUCUAACUGUAAAGUUUAUACUUGGGGCACACAUAAAAUAUGUUUUGCAGUGAGCGUGUUAUGGUUGCAAGGAAACAACUUAACAGAACAACCCUUAGAGGAUCAUUCUUCGGCAUUUAUUUAUAACGGAGAUAUUUUUCAAGGUUUAGAAAAUAAUUUAGAGACUGGUUGUGGAGAUUCUAAAUUAUUAUUCAAGUUAAUCAAGAAAUGCAUUCCGUCAGAUAUUAAAGAGAUGCGUAAAAUUCAAGGCCCAUAUGCUUUUGUCUUUCACAAGAGGCAUGCAAAUCAAAUUUAUUUUGGGCGAGAUGUUUAUGGAAGAAGAAGUCUACUUGUUGGGAAAAGCCAAAAAAAUAAUAGCCUAAUUUUGUGCAGUGUUGCUAGAAGGAACACAGAAUUUGAUUUUAUUGAAGUACCCGCAAUAGGUGUAUUUUGUUUAGAUCUUGUAACAAAAAGCAUUAAAGUUUUCCCUUGGUCUUAUGAAAGUAGAGAUGUUGAAAAUAGACUGAAAAAUCUUGAAUUGUUCCUCAACACAAAAAUACAUGUAGAACAACAAGUGGAGGUUAUAAAUUAUCCCUUGGAACAAGAAAAUGAAACAUUGGCUUUAUUGAAAAGUCUCCAGUACUCCAACUCUUUAUUUGAAAUGCUUUUACAUGAUAAAAUGUGGUUAGAAAAUGUGAAACAUUUGGGUACUUUACUGCAAACCGCAAUUCAAAGAAGGAUUGAAACUCAACCUAAGUUUUGCAAACAUUGUAUUGUCACUAAAAAUUAUUGCGUUCAUGCCACAACUGGCGUUUUAUUUUCUGGUGGUGUUGAUUGUGCUGUUCUGAGCCUACUGUGUAAUGAGUUGGUUGAAUUCAGACGACCUAUAGACUUGAUAAAUGUCUCGUUUGAUGAAGCUAAUAAUUUCCAAUCGCCAGAUAGGUUAACAGGACUAGAAACACUGGAAGAAUUAAAGAAGUGUUGUCCUAAUAGAAUAUGGAACUUUGUCGAGGUGAAUGUAGAUAAACAGGUACUAAAUAAAGAACGAAAUAUGCAUAUAGCAGAUCUGGUAUAUCCACUUAACACAGUAUUAGAUGAUAGCCUUGGAUGCGCAUUAUGGUUUGCCAGCAGAGGAAUAUCAGAGAAUUACACUUCUCCAUGUAGAGUUCUCUUGGUGGGUAUGGGAGCCGAUGAACUUUUCGGGGGUUAUACCAAACAUCGUGUGGCAUUCAAAAGAAAUUCAUGGCAAGGGCUUAAAAAAUGUUUAGAAGAAGACUGGAGCAAUUUGCCAUACCGAAAUCUGGGUAGGGAUGACAGGGUUGUUUCUGAUCAUGGCAGGCAACUAAGGACUCCUUAUUUGGAUGAGAAUGUUGUGCAAUUUGUCCGAAAUUUAAUGUGUUGGGAAAAAACUUUUCCUUCAGAAGCUUUGUCUCAAGGCAAAGGAGAAAAAAUCCUACUAAGGACAUUAGCUUAUUAUUUGGGCUUAAAGAAUACUGCAUUUUUCAAAAAAAGGGCAUUGCAGUUUGGCUCACGAAUAGCAAAUCCAAAGGAAAAUGCUCAUGAGGUGUCUCCUAGGUUAAUCGGGGUAACCCCGGCAAAGUAAAAGUGAAAAAUAAAACAGCUUUGUGAAUAAUUGCAAAUUUUACAAAACAAAUUUGUGACUUUGCUGUAUAUCUUAUGCUCUGUUUGUACUGAG